UUUGAAGCCUGGGUGGACGCGGACCGCAACGAGAAGCGUCUGCAGCGGCAAUUGGAGCAGCUGCAGCAGGAGUCAGACAGUGCUGUGGAGGCAACACUGCGGAAGCAGCUCAGUGCUGUCACGUGCAGCAAGGAUCGGUUGUUGCAUGCUUCUCCCCUCUGGCGCAUCGGCCGUUUUCUUUUGGAUAUGGUCCUAAUCUUUCACUUGCGCCGCGGUGACAUGUGCGAUUAUGCGGAGCUGGCGUUAGGCGAGGAAGCCGAUCUGGUGCCUGACCCUCAGAGGGACAUGGGGGCUUUUCUGUUGAGUCUCUUGCGAGCUGCCGUCUCUAAGCGAUUUGGAAAUGAGGCGCCUCAGUUAACGCUGACUCCGCAGUAUAUGAAGGCUCUCAUCUUCCGGCUUAAGGUGGCUCACAACAUCGAGGGCCUUUGCGAGCGGCGAAGACGGCGAGCCAGGCCAAAAACUUUUUCCACAAGUUUGUGCAAAGCAGCAGUUGCAGCAGGGGCUGUAGCAGCAGCAGGAAGUGGUGGUAACUGUGGAACGCAGCUGGGCGUUCAGACACCACAAGCAGCAGAGGACUGGCAGGAGGAGAGCGAUGUCGAAGGCCUUGAGACAGAAGAGGGCGGCACUGGACUUGUGAAUGGUGCUGCUGUUUCGGGAAAUGCGGAGAAGACGUUCUCAGCAUGUGAAGACAAGGCAGAACGCCCCCUAGAUUUGCGCAGAGCUACAACAAAACAGUGCGGAGGCCUUUGCUUUCCUGGCCAUAUGUGCGGAGCUAGCGGAAAAGGUGUUUGA